AUGAAGGUCAUUCUCACAGGGUCAACAGGCUUCGUCGGCCGCGAAGUAUUAUCUCAAUGUAUUGCACAUCCUGCAAUCACCUCGAUCGUAGCGCUCAGCCGCCGAGACCUACCAGCACACGAAAAGCUCAAAGUUACAUUAAUUGAGGAUUUUAUGACUUAUCCUGACCACAUCCGGAAUGAGAUUCGGGAUGCUGAGGCAUGUAUCUGGACACUGGGUAAGGCUCACAUGCCUGAUAAUGAUGUCGCUCGACGAGUAAGCCUGGACUAUACUCUUGCAGCUGCGCAGGUGUUUCAGGAGACUUGCCAGAAACCGUUCCGGUUCAUAUAUUGUAGCGGUGCUGCCACUGAGAGGGAUCAGACUAAGCCGCUCUGGUUUAUGCAGGAGUAUCGGCGCAUUCGGGGUCAAGUCGAGAAUGAACUUUUGGGAUUCGUCAAUGAUCACCCUGGUUUCGAGGCUCACAUCAUGCGGCCGGCUAUCGUGGUGGCGCGGGAUAUGAGCCUACGGAGUCUUGUGUUUAGUCUUGGGCCAUCGGUGAAACUGGAUGAUUUAGUUGGCGCCAUGCUUGACCUAGCUUUGAAGGGUGGAAAGAAGAAUAUAUGGGAGAAUGCUGAUCUCAAUCAUGUUGGGUGA